CGACGAAAUACUUUGACAUUUCACAGUUUCAUCGAUUAUUUGGGCUCGACCGGAAUUUUUGAAACAUAAACAAAGCAAGCGUGAUUUGGUUACACAAUUCUAAUUUAAAUUGAAAUUAAGUGAUUUUUUAAGAAAUUUUGAUCGACAAUGUCCAAAGCCGCGGGUCGGUUGAAGUCACUCAAGAAAGCCGUCGACAAAUUGAACCAUAGCAGCAAACUUCGUACCAAUAUACCGGCCGGGAUGGCCGUUGCAGGGCCGCCAUUGGGACCGAUGCUGGGCCAGCGAGGAAUCAACAUUGCCGCCUUCUGCAAAGAUUUCAACGAACGUACCAAAGACUACAAGGAGGGAAUCCCGCUGCCCUGUCGGGUGGCCGUCACAUCGGACCGAAGCUACGACCUUGUGAUACACGCACCGCCGGCCACAUUUCUGCUGAAACAAGCCGCCGGAAUCCAGCGGGGAGCCAUGAACCCGGGCAAGGAAAUAGCCGGGAAGAUAACUCGAAAACAUCUGUACGAGAUUGCCAAUAUUAAGCUGCAGGAUCCGCCGAAUGCGCUGCUUACGUUGGAACAGAUGUGUAAAGCGCUGGUCGGAGUGGCCCGAACGUGCGGUAUCGAAAUUGUGAACGAGUUAGACCCGCUCGAGUAUCAGAAGUUUUUGGAAGAACGAAGGCAAGUGGUCGAAGAGCAACGUAAAGAACUGCAGGAGAAACGGGAAGCCAGGAUGCUUCGGAUGGGAUAGAAAGGUUUGUCUUUGUUUCAAUAUAUUAGUUGUAGACGAUAAA